AUGAACCCCCGGCGUGACGCCCAGCGUCGUGUCGAGAACGCGUUACAAUUAUGGGUUCUUGAAGCAAAAGGAGUACCUGCUAAGAGAAGAUAUUAUUGUGAGUUAUGCUUGGAUAAAACGUUAUACGCCCGUACGUCAUCAAAGCCACUGGUGGACAACGUCUUCUGGGGAGAACACUUUGAUUUCACGUAUACGGUAACAACAACGAGUGAGACGGGCAAUCGUCUUGCAUCCGCAUUGAGCACAAAGAGCACCAGCCAAGAACAGCCGGCGGUGCGAAUUAAGGCUCGUUGGCAGAGUAUUAGCAUACUACCAUUGCGUGCCUAUGAUGACUUCCUACACUACCUCUCGUGUAAUUACUUAUCGCUAUGUAAUCAUCUGGAACCGGUGCUUUCCGUUAGAGCAAAGGAGGACUUAGCGACGGCGCUUGUCCGUGUGCUACACAAACAGAAACUCGCCAACGACUUUCUAUGUGAACUAGUCAUGUCGGAAGUGGAUUCCCUCGACAACGAUCAUUUGAUGUUUCGAGGAAACUCGCUGGCCACGAAAGCAAUGGAGGCCUAUAUGAAACUGAUUGCCGACGAGUAUUUGCAAUCAGUUCUUGGUGACUUUGUUCACAAUGUUUUGUCAUCGAAUGAAUCCUGUGAGGUUGAUCCGCUGAAACUGAACGGUGUAUCCACCUCGACCUUGGACAAGAAUCGAGCUCACCUCACCAGACUCGUAGAAUUAGCUUGGGAGAAGAUUAUCAGCAGCACCUCUGCUUUUCCGAUGGAACUCCGCAUGGUAUUCAGUGCUCUACGCGACCGAUUAGAAUCUCAAGGGCGAAGCUCUCUGGCCGACACUCUGAUUUCUUCAUCAAUAUUCCUCCGAUACCUCUGUCCUGCGAUUCUGAGCCCGAGCCUGUUCAACCUGGUAACGGAAUAUCCUAGCGGAGUGACGGCUAGAAAUCUGACUCUCAUCGCCAAAACUCUCCAGAACUUGGCAAAUUUUACGAAAUUCGGUGGAAAAGAGCAUUACAUGGAGUUUAUGAACGGUUUCGUGGAACGAGAGUGGCAACGAAUGAAGGAUUUUCUUCGGCGAAUAUCUACUGGACAAUCGUUGCGGCCACCAACUGAAGUGAUUAUCGAUAUGGGCAAAGAUUUGAGCCUUCUGAACACCUACCUAGAAGAAGCAUGGACGCCUGAAGUGCAUGAACGAGCUCGAAGCACGGAUAAACGACUUGCUGAACUUCGAGAAAUCCUUUUAAAUUUACACGAACAUAAUCGUCGAUCACAUAUGUCGGCUAAUGGAGUAAUGCAAUCACCCGUUUGCCAACAAAACAGCAGUGACUAUGAGAAUAGCCCUAACCAAAUUCUGAGGCCACGUAAUGAGAACGUGCCAGCGUACCGUUCCACUCCACCGACUGGUCAGGCAACGGUGAUCACUCGUAAUCGACCCGCACAUCAUCUGUUUACCAACGACGAUUAUGUGCUCAGCACAGCAUUUCAGAGCUCUGCACGUCAGCUGACAAGACUGAGUGGCGAAACUGGCACCUCCAGUAGUCAUGUCAGUGAAAAGACGUCGAGCAGCGGCGAUGCCAGGGAUACGGACAGCGAGACUGAAGUUGUAGGGUUACUUUCGGAACGAGCGCGUGCGCGGAAGGCACGCCGACGUUGUGAUGACUCGCCACCUGGCAGCCAGCCAGCUUCCAGUGGAUAUCACAGCAACAACCAGAGCAGUAACUCCUCCUCCUCAUCACCGAUUGAUCGAACAACAGCACUAUCCAUCUCGAAUCCUGCAUUUAACGCCAGCUCGUCGAUGUACAACAGUUCGUCAGGAUUCCCCGAUAUUCACCCUGGCCCAUCCGGAGUAGGCGGUUAUCGAAGGUUAAGCCCUCCUCCGUAUCAUGCGGACCUACAUAACGGCGUUUCACACCAGCCGGUGUACGCCAUUCCACCUGAUUGUGAUUCGCAACGCAGUAGUCUUAGUGGUAAAACCAGCCUACCCAGAACAAACCCCCGAGCUACACGGAAUUCAAUUAUGUUAAGACCAACUGUGAUCGAUGUGGUUCCGGACGACUGGGAUCGAUCUCCUAAUGUGCGUGAGAAUUGGAACGGUUCAUCGUACGAACAACAGAAACACUUGGUUCGUUUAUUACUAAAGAUAGACGAAAUUAUUGAGCAUCAAAAACGUGAAAUAGAGCGAUUGAUUCGAGAAAAUGAAAUAUUGAAGCGACAUGUGGCAGCUACUUGUCCCUCCCUUGAUCAAAACAAGAGUGAGUCGCGAGAUUGGCCCCAUGUUUGUGGUUACGAGACCAUCAAUCUUACUCACGGAGUGGAUGGUUCCAAUGACCUGAUCAUGAAAGAUGCCUUCGGCUCACAGAGACGUAAUGUCAGCGACGCAUCCGGUGAAAGUUUCGAGUCAGUUGGAUCCACCGAGUUACAUCGUGCUAACGCUGCAGCAGUGGCCGUCACGACGACGACUGCACCGACGGUUACGGUUGUGCCUCGAUAG